CGCUCCAAGAGGAAGAGAAAGAUGUCGGCGGCUGAGGAGGAGCGGGGGACGGAGGGCAGCCCGGGGGGCUCAGCGUCGUCCUCCCCCUCCGCCGGGCACCAGCUCCCCCAGAGUAACACCCUGCUCGGGCUGCCCAUCGUCGCCAUCGAGAACAUCCUCAACUUCCUGACCUACGACGAGAUCAGCCAACUCCGCCUGGUCUGCAAGCGUAUGGAUCUGGAGUGUCAGCGCAUGCUGAACCAGGGCUUCCUGCGCGUGGAGCGCUAUCACUGCUUGUGUCAGAAGCAGGUCAAGGCCCAACUGCCAAGGCGGGAGUCGGAGAGGAGGAAUCACUCGCUGGCUCGUCAUGCAGAUAUCCUGGCUGCGGUGGAGACCCGCCUUUCCCUACUUAACAUGACGUUUAUGAAAUAUGUUGACUCUAAUCUUUGUUGUUUCAUCCCAGGCAAGGUGAUAGAUGAAAUCUACAAUGUCCUACGAUACGUGAACUCUACCAGAUCCCCUCAGCGAGCUCAUGAGGUCCUGCAGGAAUUGCGUGACAUCUCCUCUAUGGCAAUGGAAUAUUUUGAUGAGAAGAUUGUCCCGAUCCUGAAGAAAAAGCUCCCUGGCUCUGAAGUGUCAGGACGUCUUAUGGGCUCUCCUCCAGUUCCAGGCCCUUCCACCACCUUAAGUACAAUGCAGCUCUUCUCCAAGCAAAACCCAUCAAGGCAGGAGGUGACAAAACUAGUACAGCAAGUGAAAGCCAACGGAGCCGGCCUGACCGUCCUGAGGCGGGAGUUGUCCGAGCUCCGCACCAAGGUACAAGAGCAGCAGAAACAGCUUCAAGACCAGGACCAGAAACUACUAGAACAGACCCAAAUCAUAGGCGAGCAGAACGUGCGCCUCGCCGAGCUAGAGCACAAACUGCGUGAUGUGAUGGAAAGCGCGGUAGGCCCCUCCGGAGCAGGCCCCAGGGAUGAUUCCCCCCGGAAACGGAAGAAAGUAGCUGGGGGCGUGGACUGUCCUAGGAAAUCAAAGCGCCUCCGAACCCGGAAGUAACUGCUUACAAACUGUUUUAGCUAGAGGCAUGGUCAUUGGACUGGGCAGCGGUGGGCACGCGAGGCGCAGCUGGAGCGCAGCUUUCUUGUAGGCUCCACUUUUACCCUUCCAAGCAGUUCAAUGCCACAGUUAAAGUUCAGCACCUUGCGGGUUACUCCUUAGCUCCAUACAUACUUCAUUUUUUGUUUUUGCAGCCAUUAGGAGGUAGGUUACAGUGGAAACAUAGUGCUGUUGACGGAUCCAGUGCAUCCAUAGACUGCAGUAUGAAGCUAUUUCACAGCACAACAAUUCACUACAUUAGUUUGGUGCGUGGCAGAUGGUCUAUUGAGCAAUCUAUUUAUUUUGUGGACGAGGGUCUUCCCUCCUGUAUUCUACCGCCUGAUACUGACUAGACAUCUUUAAAGGGGAUGUAAACUUUUUGCCAAUGCACAUUAUUACGCCAACGCGACACUGUGUACCUUCACUAAGCUUUUGAUCUGUUAUACAUCUCAGAAUUUUAGAUUGGUGGCGGUCUGAGCACAGACUCCCACUGACCACUAGAACGAGAGGAAAAAAGGGUACUCUUAGCACGCUCUCUCCCCGCUGCGAGACGGUCUCAAUAGAAAGUUUAUGGGCCCGUCUCGUGCAGUAAGUGCACGCUUCUUCCCCCUUUUUCUAGAGAUCAGUGGGGGUCUCGGCGCUCAGAACCCCCACCAAUCUAAACUUUCUAUAUGCCCCUAUUACAUAUCCAAAGUUUAAUGAAAGUGCGGUGCCACUUAAAAAUAAAACAAAAAGAAAGCAACUUUGCAAAUACGAUCAGAUUGUAUACAGCUCUGAUGCAGAGUUAUGCUUCUCCAUGGUUACAGACUACAAAGAAGCCCUGUGUAGUCUGAUCCUGCAGUCGUACUCCAUUCCCUCUACGUCCUCUUCAGGAAAGUAGAAGGGGAAGCGGCUAGAAAAGAGAGCCACAGACUACAAAGGGUGUUUUUAAAGGGGUUUUCUGAGAUAUUUUUUUUAUUGAUGACCUAUCCUCAGGAUCAGAUCGUCGGGGGUCUUACAGCCGGCAGCCCCGCCGAUCAGCUGGUUGAAGAGAAGGCCGCGCUCCGUGCCAGCGCAGCCUUCCCUUCAUUGUUUACCUGCUUCCCAUCGACAUUUCAGCAGUGAGCAGUGUAAUGACAAGAAGCCGUCAUCCCACUCACUUCUAUGGGACAGCUCGUUCCUAUAGGAACAAUAUAAAAAUUCGGAAAACCACCUUUACGUAUUCUGUAACCAUGGCGACACAGGACUGCCUGGGAGCUGCAUGCAUAAAACGAGGAGAUUUUUAAUUUUGCAAAUACGGAAGAUGCAUUGGAGCAGCAGUACGUUUUUUGCAGACCCUGUACGGGCUUUAUAUGUUAUUGGUGGGGGUCCAUGAACUGAGACCCCCACUGAUCUCUAGAACAGUGAUGCCAUGUCCCUUCUAGGACUAGUAAUUUUUAGUGGGGUUUCUGUUAACGGAUCACCCCAAUCACAUACUUAUUAAAGGGCUUUUCCGCUUUUUACUCAAAUUUCAGUAAUGCCAUGCAGAAAUUCUUUUAUUAGGCUCCAUUCACACAUCCGUGGUGUGUUGCGGACUCGCAAAUUGCGGAUCCACAACACACCCGCCCGGCACCCCUAUAGGAAUGCCUAUUCUUGUCCACAGCUGCGGACAAGAAUAGGACA